ACUCACAAUCCGCCAUUUAUCCGCCUUGUUCUUUUGCUACUCUCUCUGCUCUUCUCUCUUCACGACCUUCACGACCUUUUCGUCCGUCUGCGACGCACGAUAGAUACUACGUUUAGAAACAAGGAGAGGUAGCGAAGGAGUGCGAGGAUUAUACAGUAACUGGAGCUUGGCGUGAGUUUCAUGACACAUUCCGCUUUACACUACACGCCUUUCCUAGCGGAUGCAUAUAGCUGACUCUUUGACUUCAGGUUCACCCCUUUCAUUCUACGCACAGCGACUGCAUCUCUGUUUAUGCCUCCUCCUACGCCAGUCGUCUUAGAUGUCUCGGCUUCAGAAUCGGCGUCGCUCCAUGGCCACCGAGCCCUUACGCCUCUCCUCUCCGGCGCAAUCACUGGCUCAAUAAUCGGAGCAGCGUGGAUCGUCGGUUUCAUUGUUUACUUUUACAAACGCCACCGUCGAGAAAAACGUGCUCGAGCCUUGGGUUAUAAGAGUCAUCGAGAGAUGCUUGAACCACCAAAGAAACCCUUCAUCGUUCCCCCCGACUCUGCGGUAGUCGAAGGGAAAGCUGCACCGGGAGAAAGGAUUAUCAUGGAGCACUCUAAACACAAACGUCGUAAACGUCAUAGUGGUAAUGGGGAGAAUGGCAGCAUCAAGCAUGACGCUGCUGCGCCUAUCUUGAAGGAUGAUAAUGAUGAGAGACAGGUGUUGCCGAAGGAGGAGUCGGGAUCUUCUUCUGACUCUAGUCUUCAACCACCACAGCCGUACCCCCAUACCAUGAUUCCACCUUUGAAGUUACCAGUCCUCCAAGACGAGUCUGCUACCGUCACUCCAUCGACUUUGACCGGACACGACCCAAACACACCUCUUCUCAAACCUCCAGAAGCCGCACAUACUAGGUCAGAUCUGGGACAUCAUGGGUCUUAGGUUUUGUUUUAUCUUGAAGGCAUGUUGUAUUCUACUGUCGUGAGUACCAUUGAUUUUUUCCCCCCCUUCGUUUCCCAUAGUUUUUAAUGCUGGUCUUGUUGCAGUACACACGGAACGUUUCUGCAUCGUGUAUAUCACAUAUAUAGGGUCAUAUAGUUGUAGUCUCGCAUAUCUCAUUCUGUAUUCUCAUAUACCAUCAAUAUUUUUCCACCC